AUGUAUGUGAAAUGGUUUGAUACAGGAAUGUUAUACUGUGUGAUUUUAGUGUAUUUAGUGAAUGUCACUUUUUGUCAUUUUCAAAUUUCCUGCCGUUCCGUCCCCCGUACGUCCCGCCGCUCGCAGGGGACGGAACCCAGAUGACAGAUGCCGGUAUCCGCCGGAGGACAUUACAGGGGAUACUGCAGGAGGGACAUCGCGGGAGCGCAGGACAAGGUAAGAGAUCGAGGGAAUCCCUGAGCAACGCUUCAUGGUAAGCCCGAGUGUAGCUCUGGGUUACCGCUUCUGCUACACUCGGGAAUACAGCCAGGGGGGUUAAAGUAA